ACAGAGAUAAGUGGAGCGGGGGAGAGAGGGAGAGGGGCGACGCGAGGGUGGGAGAGAGGUGCAGAAACAGACCCUGAAAUGUCAUAUCUUGGUUCGAGAAACAUUACACCUUAAAAACUGAGUUGUAAAGUAAAAACAAAUGCACUCGUGUGCGUUUAUUUGAAAUGUUAGUUAUUUUGGAUUAUUUGGAAGUAAUAAGCUCGGCGUAAAAAUUAACACCCCUGGUUGUCAUUGCAAUGCGGAACCUGGAAUCGCAGCCUCUGGACCUCAGGACCCCUCGUCCUCCAGUGAGACCCUCUCGGUGUGGCCGGCUUCGGGAGAAGACACUUUAGACCCCGCCGUUCCCCCUCGUCGGCGAUCGCCUCCGGGUAAGCGCGUUUAAGGAAGAAACGUUUCCGAGCACCCAGCUCGCAAACGCCCUGAUCAACGUGUUCAGAUUUAAAGCCAUCUCCACCACCUUAUCCCGGGACCAUUUAUUCCUCCUGAUUAUUAAAUCCCUUCCUGCAUUCCUGCUACAUCGUUGAAAAUAUAUUUCCGAAAGACAUUGUAUUCGUAUGCAGAGGUAGGAAGGUUUGGGGCAGAGCUUUAAGAAGAUUGCGGCUGCAGUCAUCUGUGACAAGCAGACUUCAAGGGUGAAUGAAAGAGUUUGAGGACGCCUCGGGUUCUUUGGCUGGUGUUGAUGCAGUGGAUGUAAGGAACAGCCGCAAGUCGGAGAUUUCCCUGGAGGGGACUGCAAAUAAGGUUAAAAACCAACAUCCCCCAGUGACAGUUCGUCAAGGGUCCCAGGAGAGGGUCGCAUUAAUGCUGGAAGAAUGUAUUCAGAUCCUUCGGGAAGAGAUCUUUUGGGAAAUAGAACCCUGUUUUUCAUAUUUAUUUGUUCUUUCGCGCUGGUCACUCUGCUGCAGCAGAUCCUGUACGGCAAGAACUACAUAAAAAGGUAUUUCGAGCUGCAGGAGGGUCGGUUCGAGUACAACUCCUCAACAUGUUGGAAACUGCGAAAUGAGAUCAUGGAGGUGAAGGUACUUUCCAUGGUGAAGCAAUCUGAGCUAUUUGAGCGGUGGAAGACCCUGCAGUUGUGUAAAUGGGAAAGGAACCAGACAGCUACCAACAUUUUUAAAUCUCGUCUGAGUCGAUGCUGCAAUGCGCCGGCGUUUCUGUUCACGACGCAGAAGAACACACCCCAGGGCAUCAAGCUGAAGUACGAGGUGGACAGCAGUGGCUUCCUCUUCAUCAAUGCAGAAGUUUUUGAAUUAUUUCCAAAGGAAAUGCCAUAUUCACGUUCCCAGUUUAAGAAAUGUGCAGUGGUUGGGAAUGGAGGAAUCCUGAAGAACAGUAGGUGUGGCAAUGAGAUCGACUCUACAGAUUUUGUAUUCAGAUGUAAUUUGCCACCAAUCUCUGAGAAAUACACCACAGAUGUUGGACUGAAGACAGAUAUUGUGACAAUAAAUCCAAGCAUUGUAACCGAGAGAUUCCAAAAGCUAGAAAAGUGGAGGCGGCCAUUUUAUGAAGUCCUACAAGCCUACGAAAAUGCAUCUGUGGUUAUGCCAGCUUUCUACAACACCCGUAACACGGAUGUUUCAUUCAGGGUGAAGUAUGUCCUGGAUGACUUUGAGUCCCAACAAUCCAUGUUCUAUUUCCAUCCCCGCUAUCUUGAGAAUGUUUCCCGUUUCUGGAUGAGAUAUGGGCUCAGAGCCAAACGCCUCAGCAGUGGCCUAAUGCUGGUGACAGCUGCAAUGGAGUUGUGUGAGGAGGUCCAUCUCUAUGGUUUCUGGGCAUUCUCCAUGGACCCCUCAGGGUUUUACAUCACCCACCAUUACUAUGAUAAUGUCAAACCUCGGCCCGGUUUCCACAAGAUGACUUCUGAGAUCUUCAACUUUCUGCACAUGCACAGUAAGGGGAUUCUUCAGGUCCAUACAGAGGUUUGUAGCUGAUGUUUGUUACCACAGAGACUGCCAUGCCUAUAAAUUCUGAUUAGUCAAAUGAAUGCAAUGCACAUUUUGGAUAUUCAUUGAAAGGACUAUCCUUUCACCUUAAUGGGUAGAUAAGUAUGCAAUAAGUAGACUAGUUAUGCCAUCACUGUGAUAAGAAAUACGAAGAUGUCUCCAAUAAAACUUUGACCCUUUCUUUGAUAAUCAUUGAUCUAAGGGGUAACCCAAGGUUUUAUGGAUAGUCAUUGUUUUUGUUGGUGGUAUUUCCAGCUGUUUGAAUCUUUAAUCAACUCAAGGUGGAACCUUCCAAGAUUUAGUACUGACAAUUGUGGAUUUUCUGGUGGGUUUAUAAGCCUGGGAUUAGUUUAUUACUCCAGUUUACACCCAAGUCUAAAGGUCUAAAGAGUUUGCCAGACAUCAACUCUCCAUCCCCAAAUCCAACGUGAAUCAUGGAAUCAUUGAAAUUCACUUCAUAGAAGACCAUUCAGCCCAGCCUGCCCAUGCUGGCCAGAAAGGAAUUAUUUUGUUUAAUCACACUUCUCAGCUCUUAGCAUGUAACUGUAGGUUGUGGCAAUUCAUAUGUUUAUCCAGACAUUAAAUGUGAUUAAGUUCUGCCUCCACCAACUUUGUAGAUAUAAUGAUUGAUAAAUCUUUCACAAACUUGUUCAUUUGUCUUUGCUAGUGGCAGGAAGAAACUUCACAAAAAUUAACGGAGCUUGUCAGAAGGUUUACUUAUUGCUCAAAAAUUUCCCCUUUAGGAACCCAGAAACAAGAGUAGACCAUUGAACCCCGUGAGCCUGUUCCACCAUUCAGUGAGAGAACAUCUGACCAGUGCCUUAACUCCAGCCAUAUUCUUGUCUAUAUUCAGCUGUCAAACAUCCAUUGAUUUUACAUUUGCAAUUACGACAAGCUGAUGUCGACUACUUUCUGUGGAGAGGAUUUCACACUUCUGCUACCUUUUGUCUGAAGCCAAAAGUGUUUCUUGAGGGCUAUUGAGAACCGGCAGAGGAGUUGAGGCCGUGUAGAUCAUAUUAAAUCGCAGGGCAGGCUUGAAGGAUCUGGUGGCCUAUGCCUGUUCCUGUUUUCUCGUAUUCUUGUGUUCAUAAUUUUGCUCUUGUUGACUUCAAACACUCUAGUGUAUAUGAACUCCAUUCUUUCCACAUCAUUGUAUCUAUUUUUCAUGUGGCCAGGGCUGAACACAGUUCUCCAUGUGAAGAGUCACUAACAAAACCUCCUUCACUUUAUAUUCUUGUCUUCUAUUUGUAAAGACAAACAGUCCAUUAACCUCCCUGGUUGGCUGCCUUGGAGGAAAUGUGGCAGCCACACAGCAAGCUCCCACAAACAGCAAUAUAAUAACAAAAUAAAGGUGUCUUACUGGUGUUUGUUGAAGGGUAGCAGUGUUAAGGACACCAUAGUUAACUCCCCUUCUAUAUUUUUGAUUACCUUUUUUGUGAGAUUGGGUUGAACUGAAUCCAAACUGAGAGUUUAUUUUGCAAAACGGCAAACAAUAAAAACUAAUUCCAGAACUUUUAAAAAUGUUUAUUCCUUGAGAUGCCUAGACAGUGGAGAUUUUUUUUUGCUGGAUUCACUAGUAAUUCUAAGAGACUGAAAUAUUUGACUUGACCCCAAUUAUUUCUUACUGGGACUAUAAUAUUCAUUGAGAACAGUUACUUCGUAAUCUUACUGAGCAAUUGCUAUUGGCAGUAUGAUGUCAAGCUGCAAACUAAGAUGUUUUUAUUAUUCUGUUUAAUGAGCCAUUAUAGUACUUGGACCCCAAUUAGAAUCUUUUCUUCCAUACCAUAGGUUGAGGCCAGUUUUGGUCAAUGAAACACAUUAUAUUACUGUGGGAUAUUUGAAUGGCUUGGGAGGGUGGGUAUUGUGAAUGGAGUGAGACUAGAUCACAGGUGCUUACAGGCCAAAGAACCCUUACACAUCGUACCCUUCUACAUUGGUUGUGUUGCUAACCCCUAAUCUGGAAAGAUUUUGCCAAGCACAUAAACAAUGUACUUUAUAGCUGGGUAUUUAAAACACUUGAAGUCAUUAAAAAUAAUGCCUUUGACUAAUGUACCAGUGGUCAAGGGUAAAAGUUAUGAGAUGGUGCCCAGAAUAAACUUGCUCAGAAUUGGUUGGAAAUGCCACUAACAGCAAUGACUCUCAUACAGCCAGGACAAGCCACAGCUUAAAGCAGCCAUGCAAUUAGAAAUGAAAACAGAAAAUGCUGGAAAUACUCAGCAGGUCAGGCGGUAUCUGUUGAAAGAGAAGCAGAGUUAACAUUUCAGACUUAACAAUCAGACUUCCAGCAUCUGCAGUUUUUGAUUUUCAAUGCAAUCAGAAAGCUCAAUUCUUUACUCUGCCGCUGUCCUGUAAAGCACAAAUUUGUCUUUAAAGCGUCAGUUAAAAGAUGUAAAGCUCUUUAUUUUUUCCUGUAUGGUCUUCACAUUUAUGUACUUUGUGUGUUAUAAAUUAACUGAUCAUCACUAUUGAUAAAAGAAGAGUUGGUUGAUGAAAGCUUUAGAGCUAAAGAGCAGUUUCACCAUCAGGAUCCUUUUAAGAAUAAACUUACAAAAUUAAAAUGGGCCAUCUGUAUAGUUAUUGAUGACCAUCAGCUGUCCUGUACUCCUACACUUCAGGACAGAUUCUCACACUCUGUAUCCUUCUCCUUAUUUCCACUGUGGCCUACCCUAGACACCCUCUCUUAACACUCAUCUCUAGUCCACUGAUCUAUCAUUAAUCUUCUAAACACUCAUCUAUCUACUUAUCAACUUUAGACUGAAAUUUUCUGUUCUUGUGGCCUUCCAAGCCCCACCCUCUGCCAACCCCAAAUCAUUAAUACUUCAUUGAUUUAGAUUCUUUUUCCAACAACUCACAUCCCUGCUAAUCUCCCCCAGUGCAUUAACUUCAAUAGCUUCACAUUAAGUUCAUAACCUUUCUCCAACUCCUCUCCCCAAUGUCUCAACCUACUUUCAUUUACCCUCCUCAUUGCACGCUCAAUGGUAGAAGCGCUAUUGUUUCACCAGUACCUGUGGCUGUUAUACUUGCAUAGGUCUGACCCCCAUCCCCAAACCUAUGAAUCACAAAGGGACGUGUUGCUUUGUCAAAAAUGUUGUUUAAUUCAGGCUGUGGCCUUUGAUGAUCUUUUAGUGCAGGCUAUUGAAAUUCAAAUACCUGGUAAGAGAGUAUAUGCUGAGUUCCUGGCUUUGGUUCAGCUUUACUGUAGGAUCACCAAAUGAAGGCCAGGCACUUCCCCACAAGAAGAGAGUGAACUUGAAGAAUGAGCUGUUUUUGGGCUGUUCCCACAUUGCCUUGAAUGCCUUCCUCAAGGAAAGCAUUAUUGGAAAUCAGGUAAUGAUAUAUCCAUCUUUAUGGCUGCAGUUAGGUAACCUACUAAAUACUGAAGAAAAGGGGAGAGAGGUAAAGAAAGAUCAGAGAAGGCCAGUCCUCACACAACUACUUAUGUUAUAUGUGAUGCUUAAUCAGCCAGUUAUUUGACACAUGCAGCAGCUUAUGUAUUACAAACUAAAUCUGGAAAUAAGAAGCCAGUUUCCAGAAAGAUAACACAACACUACUAGAUUGUUAUAUAAAUCCAUCUGGUUCCCUAAUGUCAUGCAGAGCCUAUACGUGGCUCCCAUCCACCCCAAUGAUCUAGCACAAGGCAGUUCAGGAUGGGUAAUAAAUGCUGGUCUUGCCAGUAACACCCAUAUCUGUGAAUUAAUAAAUAGAACUGUUCAGUACAGACAAUGAUGUGAGUGGUUUUGGUAAAGAAGUGUGCUUCCUUUGAUGGUUACUGCAGUUAUUUAGGAACAGAUCAUUCUCUAGAGUAGUCUUACAAGGCAUUAGUGCAUAUACAAUUCUUGGUACAUGCCAUAUCAGGGAGACUUUGGCACCUGAUGUUGUACAACUCACACCUUUCUUGUUUCAGAUUUUAAUAGCUUUGUGUACUUUGGGAGAAAGACUAUUCCUGAAUACAUUGACCUUCCACCGCUGUUAGUGGGAAGUCUGUUCUUUUCUUUUUAAAUAAUCAUCUUUUGGGAUCUGGGCAUCACUGAUUUGAUUUAUGUCAUUGUGAUUUCCUUUGAAUAGUUCUUGGGAAUAGAUACUUCAGAAAAAGGAUCCUACUGGUGAGCUUCUCUUGUUCAGUGAAGAAUAAUAUAUUUAAUAUAUAAAAGGAAAUGAUGCA